AUGUCGCAGCUGUGGGUGAAGCGUGCCAAGGCGGAGGUUUCAAGACACUCUCGCCUCCUUGAGACGCUCAAUCGCGUUUUUCCCAUGCCAUUUGAGGAGCGUCGUUCUCGUGUGGGCAUGGUGACAUAUGGCACUUAUCGAUGGUUUCGCUACUUUCCCAUAGUACUUGUUCCAGUCGUGGUUAUGGGGGCCAUUUUGGAAACACGUGACAUUCCUCAAGAACAAGUUUUUACUUCUUUGCAUUUGUGGCUGGCAGAUCACGGCAUGUUUCGUCAUGAUACUGUGAAGGCACUGAACCCCGCUUUUGAGGAUGAGCGACGAGCGAUAGAGUGGAAGGCCAACGAUCGCAAGUGGAGAUUUACUGGUAUUGACAUGCCUUCUGAGAAGGAGUUAAGGGAGUUUGCGGCAAUCAAUAUUCAGAGGCAAGGCCUAUCUUCGUCGCGGUGA